AUGAACAAACUUAUAACUACGACUACGCUUAUUAUUAACAAAAAUAUUGACGAAAACAAUACCAAGAUGAAUAAAAAACCCGAUAUUAGUGACAGCAGUCUUAAUAACAAUCUCAUUGAUGUUAAAUUACCUUUACCUCCAACUUUAACAAAAUGUGAUAUUAAAAAUGCUAUUAAAUCCAACAUUAACAAAGGUAGAGCAAAAACAUUCCCAAACGCUUUUAUCGCGUAUAGAAUGGCGUUAACUAAAGAAUAUCAUAAUAACAACAUAACAUUACCCCGUAUGGGUUUACUUUCUAAAAUCGCUAAAAAGGCUUGGGAGAAAGAAUCACAAGAUAUCAAAGAUAUUUACAAUAAGUUAGCUGAGGAUGCUAAAUCUUUGUAUAAGCAAAAAAAUUUUGAAAUCGUAUUUGAUAAGCGUAUGGAAAUGACUCUAGAUGAUCAACAAAGCGAGAGGACUGACAUGGAAUCGAAUUCCGUCAAUACUGAUUAUUUUCUUGUUGAAAAUACAACCAUUACGCAGCAUACAACAGAUAAUUUUCACCCGAUUCAGGAUUUUACUAGCGACAUUCAUUCUUCUCAUUAUAAUAAUUUUAAUUAUCCACCAGUUAAUUCCCCUAACAUUUCAGAAGUUCCAUAUGAAAUGAAUUCAACGUUUAAUGAUCGAGAAGAGUAUAUUUGCAUUUUGGAACAAACAAUUUGUUAUUUACUUCACUCUAAUUGA